AAUCUCGCGGGAAGUCCAUGUGAACUGGAAGCAGAAGAAGAAGAAGUGAAGGCGCUGCGGGGAAAAUUAAAAUGUCUGCUCCAAAAACCAUCCCGAAAGAUGCUCAGGUGAUGAUCCAGAUCCUGAAGGACAUGGGCAUCACUGAGUACGAACCACGAGUCAUCAACCAGAUGUUGGAGUUCACCUACAGAUACGUGACGACCAUCAUCGAAGACGCCAAGAUUUACGCCACACACGCCAAGAAGUCCAGCGUGGACGCCGACGACAUCAAACUGGCCAUCCAGUGUCGUAUGGACCAGUCCUUCACCUCGCCGCCGCCGAGAGACUUCCUGUUGGAGGUGGCGAGGCAGAAGAACAUGACGCCUCUGCCGCUGAUCAAACCGUACACGGGACCUCGACUCCCUCCGGACCGCUACUGUCUGACGGCGCCAAACUACAGACUCAAAUCUGUUCAGAAGAAGGUGUCGUCGUCUGCCGGCAGGAUAACGGUGCCUCGUCUCAGCGUCGGCGCCGUCUCCAGCAGACCGAGCACGCCGACCCUCGGAACUCCGUCUGUUCAGUCCGUCACCACUAAAGUCGGAGCUCCGGUGUCUCUGACGGGUCAAAGGUUCACCGUUCAGAUGCCACAGCCCUCUCAGACGGCCACCACCAAAACCACGACGCCGUCCACGCCGGCCGUCUCCAACGUCCUCAUCAACCCGUCUCUGAUCGGCUCCAAGAACAUCCUCAUCACCACCAACAUGGUGUCGCAGAACUCCGGCGGCGAGUCGCUGAAGAGGAAACACGAAGACGAAGACGACUACGACGCUUUAUGACGACGAGACGGAAGACGACUUUUUAAUAAUCUAUAAAAAAAAACAACCCCCCAAACAUCGACCUUCGCUACAGCUCGCCAGAAACUGAACUCCUGUUAGUUUUAUUUUUUUUUUAGUUUUCUAGGACUUUGAAUCUAACGUCACUUCCAGUCACACCAGUAAAACCAGUCUGCUGGGUGUCGACCAGUAAAACCAGUCUGCUGGGACGCUCAACAACCAGAGGAAGCUGCGCUCAUGUUUCACUGAUUUACAAUAAACGGCAUUAAAACAAUAAAAAAAACAAAAAAAACGUGCUGCGACUCUUCAUAUAAAAGAAGCUUUAAAGGAACAUUUCACCCAAAAUCUACAUUUGAAACAUUAAUACUGAUAUUUAAAUAAAAACAUGAUAUAACCUUUAUUAUUAGCAGGUUACUGUAUAGUUACUGAAAUAUUACUGUGAUGUUUGUAAUUAGUUCUGCCUCAUUGUUCUUCAGGUUGAUUUCCACUAAAUAUCCCCUUUCUUCUUGGCCCUUUGUUACCGUGGUUACACCCACUGUUAAUACCAAGCUAUUACUUAACCUUCUGAUGUAAAACUAAACUAUAAAGUCUCUCUGUUCAGUUUUUCAUUAACAGGUGAAACAGAAAGUCAACAAACCUCAAAGUCUGUUUGUUAGGAAACCUGCAGAGAGGUUUACUGGUUUACUGGGUUCAAACUGGGUUCAAACUGGGUUUAAUUUGGUUGAAAACAGCUGCAGUGGAGGGAAAACGCUUCCAGAGAGAGAGAACGAAGAGAGAAGAGGAAGAAUUUCAGGAUGUUAUAGAGCAGAAAGAAGAAGAUUCAAACUACUGAGAUCAACACUUACAACUAGAUGAAUUAUUGUUCUGCAUGUUAUUAAAGUGUGAUCUGUAUCUGGAGGGAAAAACAUG